AUGAAGGCUAUUGUGAUGGAUGGUGAGCCUGGAAAGGCGUCUUUCGUCACCGACCGGCCUCACCCAAAGCACAGGCCAGGAUACGUUCAUGUCGAUGUCAAAGCGGUUGCGUUGAACCCUACCGACUGGAAACAUAUUGACUACAUGAACGAGAAAGGUCUCCUCGUGGGCUGCGACUACUCUGGAGUGGUUGCAGAGACAGGAACCGGCUACUCGAAACAGUGGAAAGUCGGUGAUCGAAUCUGUGGCUUCGCGCACGGAUGCAAUGAGUUGCAGCCUGAAGAUGGCGCAUUCGCCGAGCGCAUCGCAGUCAAGGCGGAUGUGCAGAUCCGCGUUCCGGACAACAUGUCGUUUGAAGAGGCCGCGACAUUGGGCGUCGCUGUUGUUACCUGUGGGCAAGGACUCUUCCAACAGAUGGGCUUGGAUCUACCCUCGCAGCCUUCCACCAAAGGCGAGUUCAUCCUGAUCUACGGAGGCAGCUCCGCGACCGGUUCCAUUGGGAUCCAAUUUGCAAAGCUUGCUGGAUAUAAACCCAUUACUACAUGCUCUCCACGUAACUUUGAUCUGGUCAAAUCGUUGGGAGCAGUCGCCGCCUUUGACUACAAUGAUCCAGAGUGUGCGACCAAGAUCAAGGAAUAUACCAAGAAUGAUCUCAAGUAUAUCUGGGAUACCAUCUCCCUGCCCCAAACGGCCAAGCUCUGUUCAGAGGUGAUUUCAUCUGGAGGGAAUUAUGGCGCGAUUUUGAGCGUCGAAUUGCCCCGGACAGAUGUUAAGACCACCUUCAAUUUGGGAUACACUGCGACCGGAGAACCCGUGAAGAAGCGCUUUUUCGAGAGCCAAGACAACACCAAGGACUUCGAGUUUAUGAAAAAGUGGAUUGAAGAGGUCGAACCCAUUUUGGAGCAGGGACGCCUGAAGGUUCAUCCUCCCAAGGUGGGUAAGGGCCUCGAGCACGUCUUGGAAGGAUGUGAUUUGUUGAGACACGACAAAGUGAGUGGGCAAAAGUUGGUGUAUGUCCUGUGA